UUCAGUCCGAAACAUCUUCGAAAGGCGACGGAGGUAUAACUGCUCGUUCGUCUUUGAGCGUUUCCCUGCUGGUGGGCAUGCUGCGUCCGCGCGUAAAGACGCACUGAGGACUGUUUUCUUUGCCAUCGGGAGCGGCGGGCGGAGGAGAAGAUGCUGGCGAGGAAAAGCAUCAUCCCGGAGGAGUUCGGUCUCCCGGGGCUCGUCUCCCGGAUGCCCCGCAAGCCGGUGUUCAGGGACCGCGUGAAUAAAGCGCGCUUCAUCGCCAAAAACGGCUCGUGCAACUUGGCGCACAAGAACAUCCGCGAGCAGGGCAGAUUCCUGCAGGACGUCUUCACCACGCUGGUGGACCUUAAAUGGCGCUUCACGUUGGUCAUCUUCACCACGACAUUUGUCAGCAGCUGGCUGCUGUUCGCCAUGAGCUGGUGGUUGGUGGCAUUUGCGCACGGAGACCUGGACCCUGCGCGUGAAAACAUGACCGUCUGCGUAAAAAAUCUGAAGUCGUUCACGUCAGCUUUCCUGUUCUCCAUCGAGGUUCAGGUGACCAUCGGCUUUGGAGAACGUGUGAUAACGGAGCAGUGUCCCACUGCCAUCACCGUCCUCAUCCUGCAGAACAUAGUGGGACUCAUCAUCAAUGCUGUGAUGUUGGGUUGUAUCUUCAUGAAGACGGCUCAGUCGAACCGUCGGGCAGAGACGCUCAUCUUCAGCCGCCACGCCGUGAUCGCAGUCCGGAACAACCGGCUGUGCUUCAUGAUUCGUAUCGGGGAUCUGAGGAAGAGCAUGAUCAUUGGAGCGACCGUCAGGUUACAGGUGGUGAGGAAGACAACCACACCAGAGGGGGAGGUGAUCCCCAUCCAUCAGAUCGACGUGCAGACAGAGAGCUCUGUGGGCAGCAACAGCCUGUUCCUCCUCGCCCCGCUCAUCAUCUGCCACGUCAUCGACAAAAACAGCCCGCUGUACGACCUGUCAGCCAUGGAGCUGCAGUGCAGCGACCUGGAGGUGAUCGUCAUCCUGGAGGGAGUCGUGGAGACGACGGGCAUCACCACGCAGGCACGGACUUCCUACGUCUCCGAGGAGAUCCAAUGGGGCCACCGCUUUGUUCCCAUAGUAACAGAAGAGGAGGGCGUGUAUUCUGUCGACUACUCCAAAUUUGGCAACACGGUCAAGGUUGCAACGCCAUGCUGCAGUGCCAGAGAACUGGACGAGAAGCCGUCCAUCUUAAUCCAAACCCUCCAGAAGAGCGAGCUGUCGCACCAGAACUCGCUGAGGAAGCGCAACUCCAUGAGACGCAACAACUCCAUGCGCAAAGGCGCAGGAAGCAGCGGGAGCCUCCGCAGGAACAACUCAGGCCUCGCCGUGCCUAAAGUCCAGUUCUUCACCCCGACCGAUGGAGGCCAGAACCUGAAUGCCGUCACCUGACAUGAGGCCUACCGUCUGCUGGCUCCACUGCUCUUCCUGGUGGGGAGGAAGAUCGUGGGUGUUGGCGCAUCUGUCUCUCUGAUUGGACUCAUUCUUCUUCUUUUCACUGGCAUAUCUAGACUUGUGUCUCGACACGUUCACUGUUAAUGUUCCCUGUGUUUACGUUCAUGGUUUAAAAUAGGUCCUGUUCAAAUUACAUUUGUGAUCUCUAAGCAGUUAAAGUAACAUUUCUCUGCGCAGACAGAAACCCAGAAAGCAGAUGCUAAAACAGAUAAAAGAGACAGAUGGAAACUGCAGAAUUGGUUGUGUCAGCUUAGUCUGAUUUCUAAAUGACAUACAGCGCUUUUCAUUCUGAAACACUACGGUAUAAAAUGUGCAGUUUACACAUUGGCAAAUGAUCUUGUUUUGUUUGUUUUCGUUUGUUCGUUUUAAGUUACACCAGCACCACUGAUGCAGAGGUUUUGUGUUCCCCUAUCACUUAGAAGAAUACAUUGGGUACCUGUGCCCUCACCACUGUAAAACAGAGCUGUGGAUGAGACAUGACCAAUGUGGCGACCAUAAUUGGUCCUUAACUUAUAUAAUGACUGUCAUGUUGUAUUGUAUAAGCUCUGAAACUUAUUAAUUUAACAGGAAAGUGUUCACUAAGCUCAUUAAUGAGGUCAGGAUCACUUCUAUAGACUUCAGUUCAGCUGGACUUUUCUCUGAAACCAAAGGAUUCGCCCCCUGCUGGCCAUUAGAAAGAAUGCAGAUUGUCUAAAUCCGUCUUUCUUGUCAUCGUCUCUCUCUCUCCCCCCCCCCCCCCCCCCCCCCCCCCCCCUCCCGUUUUCUUUGUUAACCUACACUAGACACUCUAUGCCUUUAUCUCAAUGAUGCUGCACAUCAGAUACUCAGAAUAGCAGCAAUAGUAUAUUCUUAAUAGACUGGCAAACACACACAAUACCCUUUGUGUUUGUCUGUGUGACGUGUCUGGUCUCAACUUCAGUCACCAGUUCUCUCCACUCAGAAGACGAGAUGCUCCAUGACCCAGCUGAUGUGUUCCACUUAUUGUAAUGAACCACAGACAGAGAAAGCAAUUUGAAGAUUUCACUCUGGGGAAACGAGAGGUUGUGUUGAACCUUUUGUACCUUAAUGGUUUGUUUUAAAAAUAAGCAUGUUAAUGUCUCAUGAAAAUAAAGGAUUAUUCCAGCUUUAAAGUAGAUUUACUGUAGCCCUGGUGUGCACUGUGCAGAGGGGGAAAAGACUGGGACGUGUUCACUUGUACUGUUUAUUGCAAAGGUGUUGUGAUUCAUUCAGAAUCCUUCUUUAUCUGUCACCAUCAGCUCAAUCCUCAAAACUGCCAGUUUUGAGACCACAAAUAGUUUCAUGUGAAAUCAACCAGCUGUCUUAUCAGCAUUACUGACAUGUUUGUCUUCACUGUAUCUCCACUUGUUCCGCUUGGUUCCAGUUUUCAGUUCAUUUCCAUAAUCUGUCCAAACCGUGCGUGCUGUAUUAUCACAACAGCAGUACGCAAAAACACCUGGCUGUUGUAAGGGAAGACGUACUGCUUAAGUAAUAUUUUCUAAUUAAGUUCACAAUCACUACUAAUGUGAAGUCAUGGCAGUCAUUCACCGUAUGGUACUGAUUUGUGUAUUUUUCACGUUAGCUUGCCUUUGUGUUGUUUGAGAAUAAAUGCUUAUGUAUGCAA